UUUGUGCAUUAUUUUAUUUUUUGUUGUUGUUCAUGCAAACUCAAAAGAAUAGUGAUUGCGCAGUGUAAUCUGCUGGAGGAAGCUUGCUUUGUGGUAGGACAGGCUCACGUUUGGCAAGCAUAGGAAAGCGAGAGCUCGGGGAGAAAUCUGAUUCAGGUGUGAGGAAGAGAACCUGGUCAUUCCGCUCAAGUCAUUGGUGCCGUUUUUAGACGUAGAAAAACUGAAGAAAAAAACUGAGCAACAGAGAAAGUAAACUAUUAUUUUGGUCCGGGCAGCAUGGAGCGAUGGAGAGGUAAAAUAGCACUAGUGACUGGUGCCUCGGCUGGUAUUGGAGCUGACGUUGCUGCUCGCCUGGUCGGCCAUGGCAUGGUGGUGUACGGCUGUGCGCGAGGUGUGGAUCGCAUCGAGCAGGCCGCCCUGAAGCUGAAGGAUGCUCCUGGGCGGCUGAUCGCCGUGCAGUGCGACUUGCUCAAAGAUGACGAGGUGCUCCGGAUGUUUGAACGGAUUCAGGCCGAGCAGGGUACGCUCCACCUGUGUGUGAACAAUGCCGGCAUGGCGCGCAAGUCGACGAUCCUGGACGGAUCGCGCGACCAAUGGCGGGAGGUGUUUGAAGUGAACGUCCUAGCCGUACGCCAGUGCACGCAGGAAGCUGUCAAGCUCAUGAAGCAGGGCAAGGUCGAAAACGGGCAAAUUGUCACCCUCAACAGCAUGAGCGGCCACAGGUCGACCAGCAACCGAGAGCUGGCAUCGUAUCAGAUGGCCAAACACGCCGUGACGCUCAUGACUGAACUGACCAGGCGUGAACUGCGCGAUCUGGGCGGCUUCAUUCGCAUUGGCCAAAUCUCGCCCGGCAUGGUUGAAACUGAGUUUGAGGCGCGAUGCAGUGGUGACCCGCAGGCAGCCAAAGAGAAAUAUGCCUCGCUCGAGACUAUUCUACAUGCUGAGGAUAUCACUGAUGCACUGAUUCACAUGAUUGGCGCUCCGGAACACGUGGAAAUUCACGACGUCCUCAUGCGCCCAACUACUCAGAAGUUCUGAGGUGUUCGUGUGGAGAUCUCUGACGGAUGUACUUGGACCGGAACGUGUCAAUUUCACUUGCCGCCUGCCGUAUCGAAUACGCGAGGCGAUAUUUUUUUCUUAUCAGGACCAAUUACUAUAAUGUGUCAACGCUGACAUGGCAUUGUGUGUUUAGAAAAUUAUAAUGAUAGCACAUUGAAUUUUCUUUCGUGAAGUUAUCUGGAGUUCUCCGCGAUGAAUUUCCACCUGGAAAGUUUUGCCAGCAGAGGCACUGGCUAUAUUUAA